AUAAAAAAGCUAGGAAUUCUUUGUUUGUGGAUAAAUACAGGUACCUGAAGAGUGUGUAGUUUUUCAUUAAAAGCCAUCUCUAGAUCAAAUUUGGUUGAAUGCAGCUUACAAACUAGAAGUAACUUUUGAGCACUUCAUUUAUUCCUCUGUGCUGCUUUUUACUGAGUCUAACCUUGUCAGCUGCACGGUCUGUGAGGGCGUCAGGUUCUCCUUUGUCCAUCUUUUCAACAGGAAUUUACAUUCCCACCGUGGUUAAGACUGGAGUUGCUCUGACUUUUCAACAUGAGGAGCCUCUGUGUAUUUGUACUUCUGCUGCAGCUCAUUGGGAUGUCUUUAUGUCAAUUCCCUCGCCCAUGUGCCAACUCAGAGGGGCUACGAACCAAAGAGUGCUGCCCGGUGUGGGAUGGCGAUGGCUCAGCCUGCGGUGCCCUUUCAGGCCGUGGUUUCUGCACUGAGGUGCUGGUCUCAGAUGAGCCCCAUGGGCCCCAGUACCCACACAGCGGGAUCGAUGACAGAGAGCGUUGGCCUUUAGCUUUCUUUAACCGGACAUGCCGUUGUGCUGGAAACUAUGGAGGUUUUAACUGUGGAGAAUGCAGGUUUGGUUAUUGGGGUUCAAACUGUGCUGAGUACAGGGAAUCAGUGCGCAGGAACAUCUUGACCCUGUCAACUGCUGAGCAACAGAAGUUUAUCUCUUAUCUGAACCUGGCUAAAAACACCGUCAGCCGUGACUAUGUCAUCUCCACAGCGACAAGAGCAGAGAUGGGUGAAAAUGGGGAGAACCCCAUGUUCUCUGACAUCAACACCUAUGACCUGUUUGUCUGGAUGCACUACUACGUGUCCCGGGACGCCUUCUUGGGAGGGCCAGGGAAUGUAUGGAGAGACAUCGACUUUGCCCAUGAAUCUGCAGCCUUUCUGCCAUGGCAUCGAGUCUUCCUGCUGCACUGGGAGAAUGAGAUAAGGAAGCUGACGGGAGAUUUUAACUUCACCAUCCCAUACUGGGACUGGAGGGAUGCCCAGUCCUGUGAGGUGUGCACCGAUGCUCUUAUGGGGGGACGCAACUCGCUCAAUCCCAACCUCAUCAGCCCUGCCUCUGUCUUCUCCUCAUGGAAGGUGAUCUGUACCCAGCCAGAGGAGUACAACAACCGAGAGGCAUUGUGUAAUGCUACCGAGGAGGGUCCACUGUUACGUAACCCCGGAAACCAUGAUCCCAACCGCGUGACUCGACUCCCCACAACAGCUGAUGUGGACUUCACUGUAGGCCUCCCCGAGUACGAGACGGGACCCAUGGACCGAUUGUCCAACAUGAGCUUUAGAAAUGUCCUAGAGGGUUUUGCCAGUCCAGAGACAGGUAUGGCAAUGUCAGGCCAGAGCACCAUGCACAACGCCUUGCACAUGUUCAUGAAUGGCUCCAUGUCCUCAGUGCAGGGUUCAGCCAACGACCCCAUAUUCCUGCUGCACCACGCUUUUAUUGACAGCAUCUUUGAGCGCUGGCUCAGGACUCACCAGCCUCUCCGGACCAACUACCCACGUGCAAAUGCCCCCAUUGGCCACAAUGAUGGUUACUACAUGGUGCCCUUCCUGCCUCUCUAUAGAAAUGGAGACUAUUUCCUAUCUGACAAGGUUCUAGGAUAUGAAUAUGCUUACCUGUUGGACCCUGGUCAGAGGUUUGUGCAGGAGUUCCUGACUCCCUACCUCCAGCAGGCCCAGCAGAUCUGGCAGUGGCUCCUGGGAGCCGGGAUCCUCGGGGCUCUGAUUGCUGCAGUCAUUGCCACACUGCUUAUUGUUGCAAGGAGGAAGUGGAAGCGUAAUCUGAGGAGGAAGAGGGCAUCGAGCUACGGAGAGAGACAACCACUACUGCAGAGCAGCUCAGAGGAAGGCUCAGCCUCAUAUCAGACUACCAUGUAACAUACACAGAUAGUGUGCAUACAGAUGUAUAUGAAUGAACUCGGGACACUUUUGGUAUUUUCAUUAAGCAAAUGAAUAAGAUGAAUCCUAGUACGGACUUCAUUUGUUAUUAAUUCCCAGCCAGUAAUAAAUCAAUUUAAUUUUUAAAGUAACAGGUGAAGGUACAGAUGAGUAAGUUCACCCAAACCUAAAAAAACAUAUCCUCCCCUCAUGGUAUCUAGCAGCUAGUCAUGUGUGUUCUCUUUGCCUCUGAGACAUACAGUAUAGGCUACUGCUAAGACCUUUGCACUCCAAUACAAUGGAGGUGAAGUGAAUUUAAAUUGUGGGGUCAUUGCACUGAAAAAUGUCAGCAACAUGUCUUCACAGAAGCACUGUCAGAUUUCACAGGUUAAAAAAAGCACUGAGAAGCAACUUUUGAUCACCUCGGUUUGCAGAGCUCUACAUCUACACACAAACUGACAGACUUUCAGGGCCAUUAUGUGUUCAUCAUGCCAAUGCAACACAUAUCAGUAUUUAAAUGAAAAGAUAAAGAUUUAUACACUACAGAGACUAUUUUCUGGUGGGUAUUUGAACUGUUAGUUGUGUCAGGUUACAGAGAUCACCUUGGUAAAUUUACAUUUCCUGUCUCUUUACACAGGCUACUCAGCAGUCAGUGACAGCAGCCGUGUUUGGAUCAGCAAAGAUGUGAUCUAUUUCUUGACUUUCCUCAUCAGCCUGAACAGAGUCACAUUUCAUGUAAUUUGUUACUCAUUUGUAUGGUACUGUAAACAGGGCACAUACUAUAUGUGAAUACGGUAAGUUUUCUAAAGUGGUCAGAGUUGAUUAAAGCUCAACUGAACUGACUAUAGCUCAAAGAAAAGUAAAAAGGAAGGAAGAAUAGUAGAUCAUUUAAAGUCAGGCCAGGGCUGCUGUAGCUGUAGUGACUGCUCAGGUUGUUCAUGUCAUAUUUUUUGCUCCCUCGUACUGAAUAAACCUGUGUCACAACAACAACGAAACAUUACCUCUUUCUCAAUUGACUUUGUGUCUUUUCAGCACAAAACUCCCACACUCUUGUGUGUUAGCUACGGUGCUGAAGGACCACAGCUUGCUUUAAUGCCUUUGAUCUUUGGCAGGCAAAGAAGAUGCAUCAUGAUAACAGAGAUGAAUCAU